AUGUCUUCGUGGGAUCUGCUAGACGAAAAAGGCGAAUCCGAGCUUCACAAGAGCCGGCUCCUCAACGUAGAGGAGAAACCUUUCAAACGCAUCACCAAACGACUCUCCUCUAUUUCUGCGAUAGUUUCCAGUGCUAUACAGUCUGAUGCUACAAACCAAAACGGAGGCCAGACCUCGAGCAGCGCCCAGUUACAAGAAGAUCUCACAUUCGAUUUUGCUGCCUUUGACAGCAGCAUCGCCCGAUUCCAAUUCCUUCACGAUGCGAACGAGCGAGAACGGGAGCGCUACGAGGCAGACAAGCAGCGUAUCCUUGCUGAAUGCCAGGCGGCUCGCGAAAACAACGCGCGACUCCGAGAACAAUUAGAAGAUGCUAAAGCAACUUUGGCGCGGCGGAAGAAAUUCGACGAGUUGGCCGAGAAGAUAUUGUCUAAUCGACUGCUACGGCCGCGUGAAGACCAGCUCGUUGCCCUUGAGAAACUAGAAGAAGAAUGCAAAGAGCUGGAGCGCGAAAGUGAAACAUACAGCGGCACAUGGAAGGAACGAAGAGACCAGUUCAACAGGAUCAUGGAGGAGGGAAUGCUGCUGAGGCGGCAGAUUAGAGAUGAGAAGGAAGAAGUGGACAGAAGAGAGGGAAUGAAUGAAGGUGGAGAUGACGAAGUAGAGGAGCAGCGAGAAGGCCAAACACCCGGCGUUAACCCCAGCAGCACCGAAACACCACGACCUGAUGGUGAAGGGCAAUUGAACGAGACAACGCCCCAUCCAGCAAUAUCCGUGGACGGCCCAACGCCAUCAGCGGACUCGCCCCGUCCAGAUCAGCUCCGGCUUUCGUCUACAGAUGCCGCAUCGGCUUCUCGGUUAGGAAGCAGGGCUUCUACUAGGGAAGUGUCACAGCCCCCGCAGCGUGGUCGCGACUCAGGGAGCGAAACAGGCGAAGAUGUUGAUAUGGGAGAUGAAGAGUCGGGGAAUGAAGAAGGCGAGGAGGAUGAGGAUGAAUACAAAUCGUCAGCGAGGAACGGUGACAAGAUGGAGGUUGAUAACUAG